AUGCAGUUAGAGGACUUGAUGAGUUAUCAGGACUUUGCCUUCCGUUAUUUAGGCAUGGCACCCCGUUUUGAGUGGCCCGACCGGAGGACAGUGGCGCCAAAGCAGACGGCGACCAGACAGAUCAUAUGUGUAGUGGGGGCCCUCAGUUUGGCCUAUCAAAGUCUUGGUACGAUCGUCUACUGGGCAAUGUUUAACAGUCAAACAAAGGAAAUAGGUAUGUACGUGGCAAAGAUCGCGGAGAUGGGCAGUGUGCUGGGGCUUAGCCUAGCAGGGUUCCUAAACAUCUGGGUAUUGACGUACAAGAGACCCAAGAUCGAGGUGGUACUUGCUGAGCUGCAAGAGUUGUACCCCGAGCCAAGGAGGAGGUACUAUCGUAUUCGACACUACAAUGAGCAGGGGGUAGGCUUAAUGAAGUUCGUGACCAUGUUCUACGUGAUAUUCAUUAUAUACUACAACAUCGCGCCACUUGUAGUCCUCCUGUGGGAGCACCACAUGGACUCGCAGGAUAUUAGCUACAGGGCGCAGAGCUACACGUGGUAUCCAUGGCGUGUACAUGGCUCAGCUCUGGGCUACGCGGCAGCCUAUCUAACUCAGGCCAUUGGCGGUACUGUCGCAGUGGGCUUCAGUAUGUCUAUUCAGCAUUUGAUCUGUUUAUUCACCGUCCAACUGCAGCUGCAUUUUGAUGCCCUGGCCAGUCAGUUGACUGCCCUUGAUGCCAAAGAGUUCACAGCGAAUGAACAGCUCCGAUUCUUGAUCACGUACCACCUUCGCAUACUCCGGCUUGCUGACCAAAUAAAUCGACUGUUUGACUUUACCUUCAUGAUCAGUCUGGUCGUUUCGACCUUCGCUAUUUGUCUGACAAGCAUAGCCAUGCUCUUGCUCGACUUGAACACAGCCUUACAGUACUUAAGUGGACUCAUCGCCUUUGUCAUCCAUCAUUUUGUAAUUUGCUAUAGGGGCAGUGUGGUCACUGUGUCGAGUGACAAAGUAAUGCCGGCUGCUUUCUACAACAACUGGUAUGAGGGCGACCUGGCCUACAGGAAGAUGUUGCUCAUCUUAAUGAUGUGCUCUACUAAACCCUACAUCUGGAGAACAUAUAAUCUGGUACCUGUUUCCAUAGAAACCUACAUGGCUACCCUGAAAUUUUCAUAUCAGAUGUUUACUUGUGCGCGGUCGCUGAAAUAG